GGUCAUCAUUAGAAGAUAAUCUUGAAGGAACAAAGUCCACCAUUACACUGAUGAACUUUGGGAUAUUGGUUUGUAUAUGCACCGUGAUAGGACUGCAUUCGUUCUGCACCAACUUCGGCUCCAAACGGAGUUAAUUAGGAACAACCGUCUUCAUUUAUUCCUUUUAUUUGAAAUGAAUCAAAACUGAAAAUGAUAUUGUCAAGAGAUUCUGGAUAGUGGCUUCAAUAGGCGGACGAAGAAAAUAGAUCCAAGAAUAUAAAGAGACUUAACGCGUUAAGUGGAUACUUUGUCUCAGUCACGAGAGCUUCUACAUCUGAAAACAAAACAAUUCUCAUUAAAAAAACAAGGAAAUAAAUUCGUCAAUCUAAUUUCAUACUCUGACAUUUCCACACGUCACCAAAGGCUGCAAUGGAAUAAGGAUACAAAAACAGUUUCACCUGCAGAACUUUAUACGACAACGAUUGCGACAUCAAGCACGAUCAAGCAAGACCCUUUCUCGACGUGGAAUCAUGUCUGCUUUUGAAUUUUGACGGCUGGCUUCUGUCCCUAUCUUGAAAGAUUGGCCUCACUUCUCACUGGAUAUUUUACAAUUCCCAACUCGAUAUCACUGCUAUUUGUACUUCUUAGAAGUGGACACAUCAUGAAGGCUCUGGAAGCUAAAGUCGUAAUUUUGGGCAAUGAAGGCGUGGGCAAGACAAGCAUUGUUGUGAGGUAUGUCGGAAAAAUCUUCAGUAAUCAAGUUAGUCCAACUGUGGGGGCGUCUUUCUUCACAUUCAAAAUGAACGUUGAUAACCAUCGAGUUAAGCUACAUCUAUGGGACACGGCAGGUCAAGAGAGAUUCAAAGCCAUGGCUCCCAUGUACUACCGCAAGGCAAACGCAGCUUUCAUCGUCUAUGACAUUACAGACUCUAAAACAUUUGAGAAUAUGAAGUUCUGGGCCGAAGAACUCGAACAGAAUAUAGACGGUCCAAUAGUAAUGUGCAUACUGGGCAACAAAUCGGACUUAGCUGAUCACCGGCAAGUAUCCUCUGAAGAAGGCUUGCAUUACGCAGCCAGCAUCGGGGCGCUCUUCUUCGAGACAUCUGCACUCAAAGAUGAAGGUAUCUCCGAGGCCUUUCUCCGCGUCGCUCUGGCUCUCAUCUCCUUAGCAUCAAGCACAAGUAUAUCUGGUAUGACCGUCAAACCAUACGACACAAGCCGACGUCAAUCCGCCGACAUCACCGCCUUUCCACCUCAUCUACAGCUACUCCGCGACAAGAUAAGAGAAGACGGAACUCUUAGAGAAGACGACUAUGAUGAGGAGGAGGAAAUGGAGAGAAAUGGAAGAGGUUGCUGCGGGACAUGACGAAAUAUCAUUCCAAACGUGCAAUAUCAGACUUUUGAUACAUAGUCCGAGAUAACAGCGGUAUAUGAUGUAGACAGUGAUGCAAGAUGGUUUGAAUAUUGGAGUCUGGUGGCUCUAAAAAAAAAAGCAAAUAAUGCGAGGUUACUUUUUUUUGAAAGUAUCGAAACGAUGAUUGAUGCAAGCAAGGACUUUGUGCUGCUGCCAUCCCGUUGUUAUUAUUAUACGCGAUCUGUUAAUUGGAAUUUUAUCAUGCAAUUGUUUUUAAUUUUCAGAAAAUGUGAGUUUGAACGAACUCUCUUUUUUUGGAAAGAGAGCUGCGUUCCAGUAGUUUCUGGAGCGGUCUGAAAUAGCUUCGUAUCGUACAUUUCUAUAUCCGCUACUAACCAAACAUGUGAUUUCAGUAUAAGUUGCAAUAGAAAUAGAAAAUUUGAUAAAAUUGAAUUGUUCAUGCAUAUUAAUUCGAAAGACCAUUGUCAUGAGAUCAGUAUAACACCUUUGAUACUGGUAGGCAUGGUAGGAGAGAUAAGAAGUGCAUUUAAUUUCCACUAGAAGGAUAUAAAAAUGAAAAUACAAUUUGAACAACAUCACACAAGACGAUUAUCAUAAAGAAAAAUGUACGUUUCUGAUAUACAGUGCGUCCUAGAAAAAAACGAAACCGAGAAUUAUCGAUGUUUUAUCAUAACUUAAUCAAAAAUAUAAUAAAUAAAUGACACAUAUUUGGAAAGCUUAGACCCUCCUCUUUCAUAUGAAAGGGCAUAAAUUUAACUUUCUAUAAUAUGACUUUCUCUUUGAUAUUUAGAUACCGCCCGCCAAAUGAAUUUUUGUUUUUCUCUCUUCAAAUUGCUUUUAAUCACACAUGCAUGAAAUAUGCAUCAUAUGAGUUGCAUGAGUCGAAUGAUUAAGUUAUUAAUUAAGUUAUGAUAAAACAUCGACAGUUCUCGGUUUCGUUUUUUCUGGGACGCACUGUAUACGGGCACAAUAAUUGUAAAGGAUCGGGGUUUGCCUCUUGCCCCGGAUGACGACUUGUGAGUUGCUAAAGAUUGUUGAGGAAUUACAACAUUAUGAUUUGUUUUAAAUAUUCGUUACAUACAUACGAUGUGAUAAUCAUGCAUUCUUUCAAGAGUGACAGCUAAUUUCAGCAUAUUCAGGCUGCCAGGAAAGUGUCUGAACCAUACUUCGAAAUACUUUGUGGAUAUGUCAUAGAAUUUAUUCCCGAAUAAUUUAAACAAUUCCGACGAACUUGUUCAGCAAUAUACUUAACUGUAUUGGGUACAUUCCUUUAUAGUUUAAAAAAAAGGCAAGAACUACAAUCCACAUCAGGAACAGAUUUUUUCAGAAGCAGAAUGAUAUUAUAUAUACCUUGCAUUACAAAGUGCCCUAUCCACCUUUUAAUCGAAAAUUAUGUCUACGGGUUAAAUAUAUAUAACUUAUACCGUAUUUGUUUGAUAAUCAAUUUUGAGUGUUAGUUGAUAAGAGCAAUAUAGGCAAACGCUGUAGUAGAUAACUGUGUUUUUAGCUUUGUAUAGAUAGUUAUUGAAAUAAAAGACAUCAGUGGCGAUGAAGCGAUGGUAGCAAUA